CAGACAAUGUGGCCUUAUAAAGGUUUAACCAGUGGCCCUCACAGGGCGUUUUCUACUCCUCUCUUUGAGUUAGCCCAGAGGCCUGCUCAUAUUCAACACAAAACGGGUCCUCGAUUUUGGACAAAGAACAAGCUCCAGCGUUGUCAUCACUCCACGAUGAAGGAUAGCCUCCAGUAUAAUUUGUUUCUUGCCCUUGGACUGUUCACAGUUUGCUGUUAUGCCGGAGGCAGCUGCUACUACAUCAAAGCAUACCGCAGCUGGGGCAGGACUCGCUACUCUGAGCCAUCCAGGCUUCCAGACAAUCUGCCUUGUGACAUUGACGCCGCGUGGGAUCUGGAGACCUUCUGGAGCAGCAUGGUCCUUGCCAAGAACGACCAGGUUUGGAUCUGGUCAUUGGAGUCCAUCACUGGUCCUUCCCCCCUCUCCGACUUCUACAGCACUCAGCCCUGGAACUUGUGCACCACCCCUGACAACUCUACCAGAGUUUAAGACGUCCCAUAAUGCAUCACGACGUCUGCACUCUCGAACCCAAAAGACCAUGUGAAACCUCUAAAAGAACAUACAAAAAAACAUGAUGUCACAUUCGUGGUGAUAUUGAAACAAAACCCACAUUCAUUCAAAGGAAACAUUAAUUGAUUCACCAAAAAUUCACAGUACCAUUAAAACUGUAUCGUUCUUUUUA